AUGAUCCUUACCGACGAAGCAUUCUCCGAGUUUAGACAGUCAAAAUCCUUGGGCCCAGACACCUCUCCUGAAGAAGUGGAAUAUUCGACAGACGGCCUUUUGCUAAGUACCACCCAGAACAAUAUAUUGAGGCUGUACUCGUCGGUGUCUGGAAACGUCCAAAACAUAAUUCAUGUUCCAAGCAUACAGAAGUACAAGUUUUUGUAUCCUAAUGCAUUGGUCCAUGCAGCAUCCAAUUCUCUACAUCUUUUGUCUGUGUUUGACAAUAAGUAUGUUCGAACCUUUAUUGGACAUAAAAGCCAGAUAAACUCUCUUUCCGUAUGUCCGAUGGAAGAUGCCAUUCUUUCUUCGUCUUUUGACUCCACGAGCUACUGGGACAUAAGAAAGAAAAAUCCAGUGUAUAGGAUCAAUGUAACUAACUCCAUAAGUUCCCUGUCCCUUUCUAAUGACUAUGCCACACUAAUUAAUGAUACUCUCCUUAAGGUAUACGAUAAAAGAAAUCCAAAGGGACCAAAAAAUACUUCGUCGCUUCCAGAGCGAAGGUAUAAGGAAAUAUUUUACUCUACGGAUGGAAAUUUCAUAAUAGCGUCCGACGAAAAAGGCCAUCUCUUCCUUGGACCAGAUGGGGCAAUAAAAAGCUCAAUAAGUCUGGAGAAAGGCAGCAAUGGAUGCGUUACCCCAGACUCGAAAUUCUUCCUUUGCUGCGAAAACAGCUCCAUAUUCGUUUAUCAUCUUAAAACCAAAAGAAGAUUGCAUACAUAUAAGGCACACGGCUUCGACAAUGCAAAGGUCCGCUUCAAUCCUUGUUAUGCUCAGUUUGUUUCAUCUUCGAGUCUUUUGAACAUUUGGGCAAUCGAAGAACAUACAGAGUCAUUUCAGGACUAG